GACUGACAGUCGAUUAGCUGUUGGCUGCCCUGUGGAUUGUGUAGUCUGUUUUUCCUGCAUUUUAUCCAUUUUAGCGUUGUUUUUCGCAAAAAUGUCCGCCAAUGAGAUGCUGAUACAGAAUCUGGAGACGCAGCUGGAUCGUCUGGUGGCGCAGUUAAGAGAUUUGGAGGAGGCAAAGGAAGAUCUUGACGAGGAGGAAUUUGAGGCUGUAAAAGAGGACACUGUAGAGCAGAUCAGGGAAUUCAAUGAGAGAUUGGGGAGAAUGAACCAAGGCGAUGUGACACUGGACAGCAAAUUGUCAACAAUGAAACAAUCGAUUAGAAAAGCUAUUGCCACGUCCUUCAACACUCUGGAAAUGAUAAAGAUGUUCGGAGAACAGAAUGCUACAGAGCUAGAGAAGCAACUCCUGACCAUUGAUGAAGACUUCAGGCUUAAGAAGAUUUCCGGUGAAAUUAUGGAGCAGAGGAAAGUGGACAUUCUGACGAAACUCAAAGCCCAGGGUCAUCCUCUAUCUGCCAAAGACUGCGAAUUCAUAGAAAAGAUGAAUCAGAAGCAGCUUCAAGGUCUGGAGGAGAUCACGGAAGACUGACAAGACGCUCCAUCGCCAAAUCUCGCCAUCUGCUACGCCUUUCCACCCACACAAUAAUGCCUCGAAACCCAAAUUCACUUUAUGACUACGCCGGAGGCGAGAAAUAAAAGUCGCCGUGUGGUGGAGGAUGUCAGGAGGGUGUAUGUGGCGGAAUUGGAACGCAGGAUGUGAAAAAAGGUGAGUCAAUUCUGCAAUUUGCUGUAUGGCUUUGGCAGGUGGUCAGCGUUGAAAGUCAAGGAGAAAAAGCACAAGUGAAGGACUCUUAGUGAGUCGCUUGGGUAGGAAAAUUAGUUGAAAAAUGGAUUAUCCUGCAAGUUUU